CGGCUGCUUGCCGAAGCUGAGGCCUUGCCGCUAUCUACCCACAUACCAGCGCUCAUUUCGAAGUGCGACGCUCUGCAUGCCGCCGUGGAGAGAGGGUCGCUACUCGAGCUCCAGGACACCCUGGAUUCAGAAUCUCCGAACAAUCGUCGGAAGUUUGCGAUGUGCCGGGACGAAGCGGGCGUGGGACUUCUUCACAAAGCGAUCUACUACGAUUUCAUGGAUAUCGCGGAGUGGCUCGUCAAGCACUUCCCACAAUUAGUGCUUCAGAGAGACUCCGAAGGUCGUACAGCUCUUCACUACGCAUCACUAUGUCGGGACGAGGCAGCCGCGGCGGCGUUGCUCGAGGGCGCAGGGGCGGCACGGGGCGCGCGGGACGCGUCGGGUCGCGCGCCCAACCACUACCGCGGCGCCGCCCGCACUCUGCUCACACUACCCACCGUGCCCGACAUGCCGCCACCGCAGGAUAAAGGUAACGGGCUAGUGAUAACCCGGCACAAGAUCCGAAUAUGGUGUCACGACUGCGACAUGGCGCGACUGCAGCGCGUCGUGUGGGAGGGCCACGGUACGAGGUUGCUCAGCGAAGUGUCCAACCAGCCCGUCGUCAAGAAGUUCCUCGAAGCUGUGCCUUACAUUAUGAACACAAUUCGCGAGAUCCACAACACCGUAGUGCAGAAUGAUUUGGAAGGGUUGAUGAAGCUUGCUGGGGAUCCAGUACCACCGCAGAUCCUAUCUAGUAGAGACAGCCAUAAUAUGACUGUUUUGCAUAAGGCUGCAGGUUUAGGGCAUGGCGGUAUAUUAGGAUAUAUUACAGAUAGGUAUCCUCAAGGUUUAAAUGACGUGGACAACGAUAGACGCACGGCUUUGCACUACGCGGCGGCCGUAAGAGACGAUUUGCACAUUUACCAUACAUUAGUUAGUCUUGGAGCUGACGAAGGAGCUCUUGAUAACAAAAACCGUGUUCCGGGCUAUUACGUCAAUAGACCCCAAGAAAUCGAUAAAAAUCUGCUGAAAAUGUUACCUGAAGCUCCCAGAACUGCGUCUAGUGCCUAUCCUCCUUCUUGGGACUGGAAAUUGCUAGAUACAGAGGCAAUAGUGGAACUUAACAAAAAACCCAAGAAAAAGAAUUUGAAAGCUUCAAAUGAAAAUAUUUCCUCAAGGAAUACUUCCAAUAGCGUUUCGGAAAACACUUACAACAAUCGUAGAGGUAUGAAAGCGAGUAGUACUCAUGACAUGAUAAAGGACUUGCCUGACUUAGAUGAAAGUAAUAAAAGAUAUAAUGGAAACGCAGAAACUAAUAAGGACUCCGAGUUAGUCGAGGAAACUACCGUUACAAAGGAUGAAGAUUCAACAGAACACAACGAAGAAACUCCCAAAGUGGAGACUUCUGAAAAUGCAGAAAACAUUGAAGAAAUAUCUAGGAACGAUGAAGAUGAUAAAAAUACCAACGAAAGCAAUCAGGAUGAAGAAGAAGAAAAUGAUGAAAAUAAAGAUGAACAUGAUGACGGGGAAGAUGCAGAGGUUGAACACGAUGAAAAUGGCGCUGAAGUAGACGCAGAGGAUAGAGGUGAUGAAAAGACUGAAAACGAAGCAGAUAACGAUGAUCAUAAAGAAAAGGAGGAUGGAAUUAAUACGUCUCAUAACAAUGAAGAAUUGGACAGCAACAAAAACAAUGGAACAGAUCAAAUAGACGAUAACGAUGUAGAUAACGUGCAGGGAGAGCACGAAGCACAUAAUGAAGAACCUCAUGAUGAACAUGAAAAUAAUUCUCCCGAAGACAUAGUACAAAAUCCUGACGAGGACAAGGAAAUGGGUGAAACAACCAAAGGCACAGAAGAAGUUCCUACAAAAGAAGGUAAUAACAUUGAAGACGAUGAAGAUGUGCAAGUUCAGGGAGAUUCUAACUCUGAGUACAGUGAUAUUCAUCAACGUAGCACAGCCGAAGUAAUUAACACAGCAAGUGCCAAGAGAGGAAACGACACCGAUGGGCGAAAUACUCAGGAAAGUCUUAUUGAAGGGAUUAUCAGUGGAGAAGCCGAACUAGACUCACAAGAUGCAAGUAUUACACAAAAAGAUGAGACAGUCCAAGAAGAAAUACUUGUCGUUGACCAAAUAGACCCGGAAGUAACAGAUUUAAUAAACACAGCCAACAUGGAAAUGUUAGCUACAUUAGUUCUUAAUGGCGAAGGAUCAAGAUUAGUAGGAAGAAGAUCAAGAAAUGUCGAACUACAAGCUUUUCUAGAUAAUGUACCAAUAUACAUGCAAAAAAUUAACAAAGUUCAUCUAGCAGCCAGGGAAGGAAACUUAAGAGACCUACAAACCGCAUUAGAUAGGCGAAAAUUUGCUAUAGCUCGUGAUCCUAUAUCACCAAAUGGCGCCACACCACUUCAUGUUGCCACCGUUUGUGGAAAGACUAACAUUGUCAAAUAUUUAGGAGGCAGGUUCCCCGAAACUCUAUCUGCUGUUGACUUUGAGGGUAGAACGGCAUUGCAUUAUGCAGCGGUUAUACCAGACAAUGGCUAUUACUACAAUAUGCUCCAACAACUCGGCGCCAAUGCAAAGGAUUUGGAUGACAGUGGACGGUCAGCAGAAGAUUACUUUAAAGAUCCCAGCGUACUUCGUUACUCGCAAUUAUUAUCUGAUUUCAGUAUUAGUGAAGAAACAGCAAAAGAAAUGCUAUCCGACAAAGUGCCUGAAGAUCGCGUAUCAUCUCGACGUAUUUUGGAUGCUCCAGAAGCUUUGGACACCCUUGAACGUUGUUACCGGCUGCUAGCUUCAGCUGGGUCAGCUCGCACUCCACUCUCCGCUUCAUCAAAUAGAGCGGCCCCACCAUUAGUGCUAGGCAGAUUCUUAAAAAGACCUAUCUUCGAUGCCAUAAAAUACAGAGUAACAAAAAUGGAUCACGAUUUAUUCGACGUCAUUUGGCCAGCAUUAAAAAAGUUACCCGAAAAUAGAAAUAUUGUACAAACUGUUGAAGAAGAUUUUCCUGGUGGAAUAACUGCUCCUGAUUAUUAUGUUUAUGAAGUUUUCCACGAAUUUUUAACACCGCUCAUCAAGGAUUUGCAUAAUUAUAAUGUUCAUUCCGAAUUCCCACUUCAUCCGCCUACGGAUUUUGAUACUAAUAAGCCUCUGGUAAUGUCCAGGAAAAAUUCUGAACCUCUUGUUGAACUCAAUGUUGAUCCUAAUGACGAAUUUGUACUGUCUGGAACGAUCGAAUGUGCAAGGAACUUACUUAGUUUUGAAUUGCCUUUAAAUCUUAAAAUCGGAAAACUAGAGACUAUUGAAAGAAUAAUAACAGCGUUAUUAAUGCAAAAAGAGUUUUCGAAAUUCAUCGAGCAAACGAACCCCGAAUCAGAACACAAGGGAGGAAGUUACUACACUUUGAAUGAAGUUUUGGAAAAGCCUUCUGAAAUAUGUGCUACUUUAGCUUCAUCUGGGCUCUUAAUAGCCCUGUGUGAUAGAGGUGAAAUAGAUGACUGCGCUCGCCUACACGGCGCUCAUUGGCCUUAUGGUAGAGGGGUUUUCGUUAGCGAUGAUAAAACUCUCGCUAUAUGGAUCAACGUUCAUGAUCACAUACGCGUGCUUGUUUCCACGCCAACAGAUGUUCCUGGAGAAAUUGGCUUACCUUUCAGUAAAAUUACUCAAAUAAUGACAUACCUUCAUGAGCGACUUGAGUUUGUCUGGGACUAUAGACUUGGUCACUUGUCCAGUAGGCCAACGUUUUUAGGAGCAGGCAUUCGACUUAGCUUAAUUAUUAACUUUCCUGGGUUAUCUAAAGAUGCUGAAAAUCUGAGACAUUUGUGCGCCAUGCGCGGGCUGCAGUACCGAGAGACAUCAAGCCCUGACAUAGUAAGAGUGAGCAACUACCAAUGCUUAUCGACUACCGAAACAAAUUGUUUUAACGAUUUUGUAACAGCCAUAUCAAACUUGCUUCGUUUGGAAAAAGAUUUGUCUAUGCAGAAUUCAGCGCACAUUGCAACUAUACUAUCGAAUAUAUUCAAGAGAAAAAGAAGCAGCGUUGCAGAUUUAGAUAGUCCAGAAAAAUACCCACACUGUACGAGUGACACUGCUAAUGGACACAUGGACAUUCCCACAUUUAAAACCGACGAGGGCAGAUACCUCGCCAAGUCUCUCGGCGAUCCUUUAAUCAAAGGUCUGACCGAAGUGGCUAAUGUAAAACCUAAGGAUCCCGUUGCGUUUCUCGCGAGUUUCCUCCAGAAUUUUCCGGAAAACGAGAAACCACGUUUAGGUACGCAGGAGUCAAAUCUGAUAGUGACAAGAGAGGCGGCAGAGGUGGAAAACGAACUACCGCCACCAGGGCUGGUGUCAGAAGCAAUGGCACAACUGGUGGAGAGAGAGCGAACGGCGUCACAGCCAAAGGGCCAACCACGCGACGCGGCACGAACCGCCACGCGCCCGCACCGGCCUAUUGACGUCGUCACUAUCGAGCCCCAGCCCGAAGCCAGUCCUGAUGCACCUGAAGCCGCCUUCAGCAGCGUUAAUAGAGAUGAACAUGGUCAAUCGAUGCUACAUUUCGCGGCGGCACGAACACACACACGGAACGCAUUAUUUCAGCUUCUGCAGGAAUCUGACAUAAGCCUGGGCUACCGCGAUGAGCUGUACCGCACGGCCAGAGAUGUCUCCAUACAAGCAAACGUGCAUGAAAAUACUGCGGAAAUAGACAGAUGGGUCUUACAUCUCGCUGCUAGAGGUAAUACCGAAAAGAUAAUGCAACUGCUAAUGGAAGGUUACGACCACAUACUGGACAUAGUUGACGAAGACGGAGUUGCGAUCACAGAUAUCAUCGCACAGCGAGGACACACCGAAAUGAGCAAUUUGUUAGCUUCAAUACCUGCCUUUGAGGAGUCUAGAGAAAGUCUCCAUGGUGCGAUCAGACGAGGGGAUUUAACAGAAGUUCAAGCAUCCGUCGCAGCGGAAGGCGGCAGAACCCUCGCCCGAGCGCAGAACUCCUUCGGGAGGACUUCCCUUCACAUCGGUGUAUUGGCACAGCAUGAAGAAGUCGUUGCAUACUUGGCGCAAACUUGUCCGGAGUUGUUGCGCAUUGGGGACAAUCUGGAACGCACUCCACUACAUUAUGCGAUGGGAGUAGACAAAAUAGAAUCAUUGAGUAGGAUAUUAAUCCGUUCCGGUGCAAAGCGUGUCUUAAAAGACCUGAAAGGCCGACAACCAUCCUACUAUUUUAUGAACAAAUCUGACAUACUGCGUCUCAAAGAAGAAGAGGAAAUCUAUUGAUAUACCUGCGAAUCUUAAUCGUGAGUCGACGUAACGUGAUCGAGAAUCUUAAAAGUAAACUUGCAACAGAUUGAAAAGUUAUCAGAGAAGUUUCUGAAACCUUAUUUCUAACUAUGAUUGUACUCAAAAUGUUUCGUCGGUCAAGUAUAUUCUUGGUUUCUAUUUACUAUGACUACAAUUGUUCUCUGUUAGCUGGACAAUCUUGUAGACUGUCGUAUAUUGUUACAGUAGGUAAAUUGUAGACAAAAGUUAGUUCCAAAAUACAUAAUUCGAUUCAUCAAACAAAUGG